GAGAAGAUGGCCUCGCAGCGCCCAAACAGAAGCUCCUGGUUUGAGGACGUUCUUAUAGGAGCUGUCUCCGAGGGUGUUAAUCAUUCGACUUUUAUCCUUUUGAAUGUUGCCGGGGUGGCCCUUGUCAUCGUGCUGGCUUUUCUUGCGGUGGUGGCGCAAGGGUACGACGUGUUUUUGGUCAUUCACGUCAUCGUCCUGGUCCUGUGUGCGGUGGCGCUACUUGGCCUGCUCAACUGGUUCAUUGCUGAGACAGGGCUCGUUUCAGCGGAAGAGCAGGCCAAGGCCCUCUUUGAGACCCCUGGAGCCACCGAUGUGGGACCUCCCCAGCCUUUGCCAGAAGACAAGAAGCAGGGUUGAGUGGUGGCUGUGUUAGACACCAUAUUAAGGCACCAAGUGGUGGUGGGAACAGGGGCGCAUAUUGAAAUGAAGUCAUUGGCGCCCCGCUCAGCGUCUCUGCUCCGCAACCUUUU